GGUUAGGUUGAGCAUUUAAAUGUUUGCAUAUGGCUACCGGCGUUAAAAUCAUGACGAUCAUGACUCGAUAAAAAUGAAAAGUGUCUCCGGCAGUUGAUCAAAAACCUCGAUUCUCGACAGGUGUAAGUUAUUGUCCAAGUGUUAGCCCGUUAGUUUGAGUUUUUAUUACGAGAGAUUAACCUAGAGUUCUUGCAAUUCAUGCAGAUUCUAAUGAUCAAAGUGUAACUUGUUGAACUCACAGUCGUCUCAAUUGUUUUUUAUCUGGCUUCAAAAUGAAUAGCAUAUUAAACCAAAUCAUGGAUCGUUUCCGUAUCUCUCUAAGGGACACAGAUGAAAUGUUUAACAUGAAUCUGUCAACUGAAAGUUUAGACUUGUUGGACGGGUCACCAUACCAGACUGAAAUUUCGUUUAAUAAGCUAUUGCCCUAUGCGGAUGAGCUCGAAAGUGAGGCAAAUGACUUUCUUGCAAAAAUAAAGAAUAAUUUUGGAAGAUGUGUAAUGCUUCGAGAUAUUGAACCAGGCUGCAUAUACUGGUCACAAAUGCUAACCAAAUAUAUUGAAUUGUAUGGUUUAAGAUUUCACAAAGAUGAACAUAUAGCAUUUGUUAAACUUUCGUAUGAAUUAACAACCAUUCCCAAUCUUCAGCCAUCAUUAGUACAUACUUUCAGUAACUUGCUGUCAACUCUGCUGAAAAAAAAAGAGACCAUUCCUCCAAGUGACUUGGAACUACAGUGGGAACCAUUGUAUGAAUUAUGCCACACUGUACUUACUCGAAAGCUCAAGCACUUUUCAUUGCAUCGAUAUCCUCCAUCUUUCGAAAAUACAUUAUACAGUUUAGUUGAAAAAGCAAAGAUAUAUUUUCCUGCAAAAGCAACUCAACAAAUAUUGGACAAACUCAGACCCAAACUAUGCCCUUUAGAUAUACAAACUAUGAAAAUGACGAUCAAACUGCUUCAAUGGUUUUUACCAGUACAAUUGCCUGUAGAGCAACAUGCAAUUGGUCAUGAGUUAUGGCUUCACGAGUUUAUGAAACUUUGGGAAGUUUGCUAUAAUACACAUUAUUGGGAAAAUGACCUUAUGCGCUUGAUAGCAAAAUUAGCAUCUAAUAACAUUGGAUACAUCGAUUGGGAUCAAUACAUACCCAUCAUGUUCACGCGAUUCGUACGCACUCUGAAUUUGCCAGUUCAUUACAAAAAGUCUGUAUGCACGAAUAACCAUAACAUGGACGUAGAUUUAAUUGGUGAAUGGAUCGCUUCUGUUUUGGGUGACAAUUCUAAAGUUCAGAUUUAUUUGGAAAAAUUUCUGAAAACUGUUGAAACUUAUUUUCAUCCUGCUAACUUUGGUUCAUGGUUCGUGAAAUUGGAAAAAUUAUUCGUCAAAAUCAUUUAUCACGUUGCCCUGAGACUCCACAGAGAGCGUUACGCUAAAGAUUCGUGGAUACAGCCGAUUCCCGAAAGUCAUAAAUUAACGGAAGCAAAUAUUGAUACCUUUGUCAACAACAUGAUGCCAGUGACGAUGAUUGCGAUUUUUAACAGAUAUUGCUCACCCAAUUUCGUCCAUGCGUUGCAGUAUUUAGCAGUAAUGCGACCAAAUCUUGUCAUUCCUAACAUUUUGGAGAAACUUUAUCCCACUCUAGGCACUGACAUAGAGCCUCAUAAAUUAAUCACCGCAAUGACUUGCAUGACGGCAAUAUCACGACCUUUAGUUCAAGGAUCGCGGUUUAUUAACAAAGAUUACGCAUUUACCGAGGGACCAUCACAUGUACUAUCAAUCCUCUUUUCCUCAUUGCCUGGAAUAGAUCCAAACGAUCCUGGAAAGUGCUUUGCAACACUUAAACUUAUUGGUACAUAUGUAACGCUGGUUCCGAUCGUCAAUUGUUCUAACAAUAAAAUAGAUACAAAUGAAGAAGAGCAAAUGAUUUGCGAGGACACGUCGCGAUUCGAAGAUUUCGUUUUACAAUUUAUGGAUAAAAUUUUCAUACUAAUCAAUUCAAGUUCGUUAGAAUUUGUGAGGCUCGAAAAUCAGUCAAACGAUGGAGCGAAAAGUUCGUUAGAGGCAAUGGUGGAAAACUCCCUGUACGUGGUGUUUACGGGACUACUAUUACAAACCAGCGAUUCCAUAUUCGUAGUCGCGUUGAACAAAUUGCGCUCUUUCAUUAUGGAAAAUACUUUGGAGACCAAAAUUUCUGGACACCUGGUUGCGAUACUUUGCAAAGUGUUCAGUCAUGUCAAUAGUCAAGUCACUCUCAAAACCCUGAUGCCUUAUCUUUCGGAGCAAAUUUUGGAAGCUUUUGGGGAGGAAGACGAUGCUACUAAAGAGGAGAAUUUGGACAACCAAUUGCUCUAUUUUCUAUUAUUAUUGCAAAGAGUAGUGGAUACUCAGGGUGAUGCUUUGCUGCCCUAUAUGGAUACUAUCUUUAAAGUUCUUGAUAAAGUGACGGUACUAAAGUCUGUAGAGGGCAAUAGGAUUGGAUGUGAGAUGUUGAAAAAUGUUCUCACCUCGCUUUGUUCUCUAAAAGUGAUGAAGUUUAAAAGAAACCUUGAUGAUUUGGAAUACCCUUACUGGAUGGACUGGGGCGAGUCAAGCGAAAUCAAAUCAUCAGAAAUAAAAUGGUAUGUUCCUGGAGAGCAAGAGAUAGCAGCGGGCCAAAAACUCUUUUCGCGUUACUUUAUACCUGCUGUAGCUCUGAUUGAGAAGUAUGUCAAUACGGAGAAUUCGCUGUCUCGGGAUGAUUUACUGAUAACUUUAAGGUUGAUUAAUAGCGUGAUUGAAGGAUGCGAUUCCGUCCUGCCAAUUUGGUCAGAGACUCCCAUAGUGAAUGAAAAAUACAAACACUGUGUAGAAACAUUCAAACCAAUCAUUGGAAAUAAGUACGAAAUUAAAAUGACUGAUGGGAGUAACGUGAGACAAUUUUUGGCUCGACUUAUGGCAUCUCUCCAAGAUAAAAUGUUGGAAGAUGUACCCGAUGACACAAAAAGCUUUCAGUUUCUCUUGAAGAUUUGGUCAAACUUGUCUUUCACCAAGUUCAUAUACUCAAUACGUUUAGGUUUCAAACGCCGACAAUUCCUUGCAACAAAGAAAAUGAUAGAGAACAAACUAACCGGAAACAGAGGUUACCUACCACAGCUUCUGAUGGAGCGUGUAUCUAUACAGCACGAGCUACGAAGAAUAAACGCUGUACGUGCAUUCACGCCGACUAGCCAGAAUAUAAUGUUAAAUCUAUUCAAAUUGAGCAUUAGCAAGUAUAGUCGAAUUCGUAGUAGCGCGCAGAUAGCCCUGUCAGAAAUAAUCAAUGAUUUUCCUAAUGCUUAUCAAGCGCUUGUUCCUCACAUCGUCAAAGUUUUACAACAAGAUACAGAGGUUCAUCAUGAUGCUUAUAAAGGUGUUCUAUUCUUGAUGUGCUCGCAUCAAGGUGGUUCCUUACAAACAAUGGGAGAUUGGCAAAUUUUAUCAGCCAUUCUACCUGCCUUAGUGUUAUCCAAACCUUCCGAAAAACCAUCUGUAAUUCUUAAGCAGGCAGAAAUAGUCAGGAACUUAUCUUAUAAUUUCCCAACAACUAAUAUUAUCUUAGAUGUGCCGGACAGCUGCGUGUCAAUGGCCUCUCAGUUAUGGCAAACUGGUGAUUUUUCACCAAAUUCGACACCACCUUCAGAAUCCGAAAUUCAAACAGGUUUGCAGGUCUUGCUGACAAAGAGAGCCAAUGAUUUGAAAACGUACAACGAGCUUCUGCAAAAACUAGUACAGCCUGUACUUGAAUCAAACCUGCAUUGGCGACACCGACAGAUAGCUGUGCAUUUCAUCAGUGCCUUAGUACAUCCCGAUCACAAGUUGCCAACACCUAUUGUACGCUGCUUCCUAAAUGCUUUACUACAUGAUUCGAUCGAUGAGAGGAGACUCGCUUGGUCCAUGACUACGGGAAUUUUGAAGUUAUUGAAGAAAAAACACCCUAAGAUCGUUCUGAAUAUUUCCGAUCGAGAGACCGUCUUCAAACCUGGCCGCAGACCAGAUAACGAGUGGCUGCAGUACAAUUCCGAGAAGCUUCCAACUAGCGCCAAAGAAUGGGAUGAACCUCGUUUCGUGCACAAACCCUACGUCGGCUACUAUACUUGGCCAAAAACUGUGGAGGUCUAUGCGCCAAUAUCGCAGCAACCAGACCUGGAUAUCCAGAAUCGACAGCUUGAUGCAGACGAACGAGAAAUCCACGAAUUUUUCAGCAACGAGCAGAACAUCGACAAGCUCCUCAAGUUUCUGACGCUCGAGGAAAAAAAGGGCAAAGACAAGUUCGAUUACUCCAGGUACUUGAUGUUCAAAGGUCUGUUUCGUAACUACGGCGACGCACACCUGGUACACUUUUUGCCGCAGCUGCACACCAUGGUUCAAGAUAAGCAUGAGAGCAUACAGCGUUGUGCUGCAGAAAUCAUCUGUGGUCUCGUACGGGGUUCCAAAUACUGGUCUUUUCAGAUGACCCAGAAAAUGUGGCAAGGACUUUUACCUAUUAUCAAGUUGGUGUUGGCCAAUCUGACGGAAGAAACGCUUGGUGACUGGGCCACUUGCUUUUCUUUGAUCCACAACAACCGAGACCCGAGGAAGCUACACUGGCUAAUCGAGUGUUUGACAGAAGAGAGUCAGUCGGCUCAGUCUCAAGCAUCGUUUGUGGAGUGUGGAAGGUUGUUAAUUCUUCAGAAAGCAUUGUCGCCUCAGACCUGGCGUCUCAGCGAGGUAUUGAACAGAUUGAUGCCUCGAUUCGAAGCCCGCCUGCUGGAAAAUCCCUUCGAAAACGUCAGAGACAGGCUGGCGUCAAUACUAGUCACGAUUUUUAAUACAAAUCUGAAGUUUCAAGGGGAGGAAGCUACUGGAUACCCAGAGUUAGAGGAUUUUAUCAACACAGUUUUGCCACGGUUGGAACUUCUUCUAAAAUCCGAAGACCGAAAAUCGCCAAGCAGCGUCGAAGCAACUCGUCUCUUAAAUACAAUUUGUCGCUGGAUAAUCGAGAGCGUGGCGACUUCCUACUCUGGUUCAGUUUCGAGUUUCUACAAGCUCUACCCGAUCAUCAGCCACUUGGAGAACGAAGAGACUGACGAGGAGCUCGCCCAGAAUUGCACCACGACUCUGGCGGUGCUCGCAAACUCCACUACUCUGCCGAAGCACAUCGCUGUAGCAUUGGAUGUGGUAGAACAAAUGUUAUCGAGCUCAUCUUGGUCGGUUCGCGCCGGUAGUCUUGAAUUUCUUCAAGUCUUUCUAUUUCACAAUAUGAGUGUCUUGUUGAGCGAAAAGAAGUGGAUUGGAAGUGUGCAGACACUUGUCGUACGAUCGCUACAAGAUGAGCGCGUUGAGGUCAGGGAACGAGCAGCGCAAGUGUUCAACGGCAUGCUGCACUGUACGCUUGUGGAUGAUGAGCACGCUUUGUUGGAGGAGUUUAAACGGUUGGCGAAAACGAAAUUAAGGAACAAGAGAAAUCAAUCAACCAACGUUGACAUGAGCAAUGCCAUUCGAUUGCGCCACGCAGGCGUUCUCGGGAUGUGUGCCUUUAUUCAAGCUCACCCUUAUGAUAUUCCCAAGGACAUCCCACCUAUAUUUGAACACUUAAAUUUACAUCUAAACGAUCCUGAACCGAUUCCUACAACAAUUCGUAAAACUUUAAGCGAUUUCAAACGUACCCACUGUGACGGUUGGACAGGUAUUCAAGGAUUGGCUCAAGAUCUGACUGAGGAACAAUACGCACUGCUUCAGGAUAUAACGGUGCCACCGACGUAUUAUGCGUAAUUUUAUAUAUUAUUACGGGUAGGUUAAACAAGUUUUUAUGUUACUUAAUUUAGGGUGCUAAACUAGUUAUAAAUGUGAUAAAUUAAAAAUUAUAUGCGAGAUAUUUUUUAUAUGAUUCGUACUGUCAAUAUGAGUAAUGAGAUUAUUUAUCUACACGUUGAAAUUAUUUUUUAAAUUGAUAUAAAUUUUAUGAUUGGAUUAAUGAUGUGUUUUAUUAGAAAAACAAUGUACAGAAACUGAGUUUCAUAAUUUGAUCACUCUUUUCUUAUUUGACAGUUUAUUUUAAUUAAUCGAGUUUUGUUCUUUUGUUCGCGGUAUGCAAUAUUAUUUACUAAAAUAUUACUUAAACCACGAAUGGUUUUUUUUUUUUAUACAUUUAUUCGUCUGUGAAUAUAAAACUUACAAAAUAUAUGUAAUAAAAAAAUAUAUGAAUUUGAAUUAAUUCUAUUAGAUACAUCAUGCAAUAUCUAUAUAAAACUAUACCGUAUCAAUAUUUGUUUUGUCAUGUAAAGUGUUGAUAAAAAUAUUCGAAGUGAAUAACAUAAAAACUCAACAUACAGUUA